AUGUCCAAAGCCUUCAGCAUCUCAGGGCGCAUCUCGUCCACACCCAGCACCUUGCCGCCCAGCAGCUUCGCCUCCUUCUUCAGCCAGACGGCUUCCUUGACUGGUGUUCUUCUUCCAGCAGCUCUGCUCCAAGACCCCCAGGACCUUCAGGACCUUCAGGACCUCCAGGACCGCCAGGACAGCCAGGACCGCCAGGACCUCCAGGACCGCCAGGACCAGUGUCCAGGCGGCUCCUGCAGCCCUCAGCUGGGUGACCUGAUGGUGGGUCGAGCUGCUCAGCUCUCGGCCUCAUCGACAUGCGGUCUGGACGGACCUCAGAACUACUGCAUCAUAGGAUACUUGGAGGAGGGGCAGAAAUGUUUUACAUGUGACUCUCGUCUGCCGUACGAUCGCUACAGCAACCCGAACAGCCACCGCAUUGAGAACAUCAUCACGACCUUUGACCCCGAGAGAAAAAUGAAGUGGUGGCAGUCUGAGAACGGUGUUCACCAGGUCAGCAUCAGGUUAGACCUGGAGACAGUGUUCCAGUUCAGUCACCUGGUCCUCACCUUCAAGAGUUUCCGUCCAGCAGCCAUGUUGGUGGAGCGAUCAAAGGACUUUGGACGAACCUGGAAGGUUUUUCGUUACUUCGCAGAAGACUGUUCACUUCAUUUCCCUUCAGUGUCCAGUGAGCUGGCCGACAGCGUCGAUGAUGUCAUCUGUGACAGCAGAUACUCUGGAUCAGAGCCAUCCACUGAUGGAGAGGUGGUGCUCAAAGCUCUGGAUCCCAUCUUUGAAAUACAAAACCCAUACACACCAAACAUCCAAGAUCUCAUCACUGUGACCAACAUUCGGGUGAACUUCUCUCGUCUCUUCACACUCGGUGACACUCUGCUGAGUCGGAGACGCAGAAACCCUCAGGACAAAUAUUACUACGCACUCUACAACAUGGUGGUGAGAGGAAGCUGCUUCUGUAAUGGACAUGCCAGCCGCUGUACACCUGUGGAUGGAGGACGGGGGGACGUCUUCACCCAGACUGGCAUGGUUCAUGGUCGUUGUGUUUGUCAGCACAACACGGCUGGAGAGAACUGUGAGAAAUGUCAGGACUUUCACCAUGACUCCCCCUGGAGGCCUGGAGGAGAAGACACAGCUGACAUCUGCAGGAGAUGUAACUGUCAUGGACACUCGGACUCGUGUCACUUCGACGCCAUUCGUUUCGAAGUGACGGGUGGCAUGAGCGGCGGUGUGUGUGAUGAUUGCCGCCAUGACAGGACAGGGCCUCAGUGUGAACAGUGUCGACCUUUCCUGUUCCAGGAUCCACAGCGAGCAACGGACGACCCGCACGCCUGCAUACCUUGUGACUGUGACCCGGCCGGUUCUCAUGGCGGAGGUCUUUGUGACGCUCUGAGCGGUCAAUGUGUCUGUAAAGAAAAUGUGGAGGGUCAACGCUGUGAUCGUUGCAAACAUGGCUUCUUUAAUCUGAGACAGGAUGACCCGGCCGGUUGCCAAGUGUGCAGGUGUCAUGUUUUGGGAAGUGUUGGGUACUGUGAUCAGCUGACAGGAAGUUGUGAAUGUGACCGUUUGGCGAGCGGGCCAUUGUGUGAUCGAUGUCUGGCAGGUUUCUGGGGUUUGGGAAACUCUGCAUUCAGAUGUUCACCCUGUGACUGUGACAUUGGAGGAGCUCACGGCACCACGUGUUCUCCAGAGGACGGACAAUGUAAUUGUUUACCAAACAUGAUUGGUCGGCGCUGCUCUGACCCUGCACCCGGGUACUUCCUGCCUCAACUGGACUACUUCCUGUAUGAGGCGGAGCUUGCCACCCCACUGCACGGAGGAAGCUCGCCUCCUCCUACUAAUUCUCCGUCAUCUUCUUCUCUGGUGAUUUUACCACAGUGUGAGAAGUACUACAGAGAGCAGGGCUUUGACUUCAAAUUCAGUAGUGGACGAGUUGUCCUGGUUCGGAGGACUCGUCGACUUGCCCGCCAAAGGAGACAGGGACAGCAGAGCAGCAUCCCUCUGUACCCCGGUCACGCCCUGCAGAUCAUUACCCGGCAGAGAACACCUGAUCAGCCAAUCACCUGGACUGGCCUGGGAUUAGUGAGAGUGUUGGAGGGGGCGGGGCUUCGAUUUACUGUGAACAAUCUGCCGUCAUCAAUGGAUUACCAGCUGCUAAUUCGCUAUAAGAUGGAGUCUCCAUUUGAUUGGCUGGCUUCAGUCAGCAUCAUCAUGCUGUCCCCAGGUGAGGGUGGCUGCAGCAACAACCCAACAGGACGUGAAACUCUGAUUCUUCCUGGAAACUCUGGAGCAGGUAUUCUGGAUUCUGCAGUGUGUCUGAACGCAGGCGGUCGGUACUUUGUGGAUGUCGUCUUUAACAAACAGCCUGGAUCUGAUGGAUCUGAUGGAUCUGAUGGAUCUGAUGGAUCAUACAUCCUGAUCGACUCGAUGGGUCUGAUUCCCCGAAUCGAGUCUGUCCAGAACUUCUGCUCUCAGAGUGACCUUGAAUCUUUCCGCCGCUUUCGCUGCAUUGGAUUGGCCGCUGAGCUUGACUCGCAGGCGUCAGUGCCGGAGCGCUGCGAGGGACUCAUCAAAAGCCUGUCGGCACAAAUCCACAAUGGAGCUGUUGUUUGCAGGUGUAAUGUCAUUGGUUCUCUCGGACCAUCCUGCAGUAAACUGGGUGGGUUCUGUGAAUGUAAACCCAACGUGAUUGGCCGUUGCUGUGAUACCUGUGCACCACUGACGUUUGGUUUAGGAUCUGAUGGCUGCAAACCGUGUGAGUGUGACACUCGUGGUUCAGUGUCAGAGCUGUGUGAUCAGGUCAGAGGUCAGUGUGCAUGUCGCUCAGAGGUGACGGGGCGACGCUGUGAUCGCUGUCAGACGGGAUUCUGGGGUUUCCCAUUCUGUCGACCCUGUGAAUGUAACGGACUGUCAGAGGUGUGUGACGAAGAGACCGGAGAGUGUGUGAACUGCAAAGAGCACAGCACGGGACUGCACUGUGACAGGUGUGUGGAGGGUUACUAUGGUGACCCUGUCUCCAGACAGCCCUGUCAGCCCUGCUUGUGUCCAGAUGUUCAGGGCAGUGGACGAUUCUUCGCCACUUCUUGUCAACACAACCCACAGUCCCUCAGUCUGACCUGCAACUGCAGAGAGGGGCACACAGGUCCACGUUGCGAUAGAUGCAACCCUGGUUUCUAUGGUGACCUGACGGUACUGGGUGCUAGCUGUGAGGAGUGUCCCUGCAACAACAACAUCAACCCAGACGACCGCGACUCCUGCGACAGCCUGACAGGCGACUGUCUGUGCUGCCUCCACAACACGAUGGGACCACGCUGCCAAAACUGCAAACCUGGUUACUACGGCAACGCCUUGGUGCAGGACUGCAAAGAAUGCUCCUGCAACCGGCGGGGGACGGAGGUGACUCGGUGUCCUCUGGGGAGUCCCUGUUUCUGUGAUUCAACUACAGGACAGUGUCCCUGCAGGAGGGGCGUAGAGGGGAUCCUCUGUGACGAAUGUGAAGACGGAUACUGGAACCUAGACGGACCGUCAGGGUGUCAGCCCUGCAGCUGUGACCCCGUCAACUCCCUGUCCAACAUAUGCAACAAGGUGACGGGACAGUGUCCGUGUCGUCCUGAGUUUGGAGGGAGACAAUGUGAUGAAUGUGGAGAAAACCACUUUGGAAAUCCAGAUCUGCAGUGUAUCUCUUGUGACUGUAACCUGGAGGGAACCGAGCGUCCAUCAUGUGACCCUGAAACCGGUGAGUGUAUCUGUAGAUCUGGUGUCACUGGGAUCUUCUGUGAUGAGUGUGCUGCCGGCUACAGCUCAGUGUUCCCGGCCUGCGAGGAGUGCCACCCCUGCACUGCCCUCUGGGCCGAAAAUGUCACCGAUGUCCAGCGAGCCGCCCAGAGGAUGAAAACCUUCAUCCCUCACCACAGUGAUGACCUGCGGCCUGGAGACAGUCACCGCUGGCAACAGAUGCUGGAGAUGCACUCCAAGCUGGACAACCUCACCAACCUGACAGGACUCUCCCUGCCAAAGGUGGAGAAGGUGGAGAAAUUGUGGGGGAAGAUUGGGAAGUUGAAAGACGCCCUUGACCCGAUCAUGAUCCUGAUCAACCCAUCUCCUCUCCUCAACACUGAAAUUGACAACAUUCAUCUGGAUUUCAAGAAGCUGCUGAACAGCUUGAAGGAGAAAGUCAUCAAGGAUCCAGAUGAUGAAGAUGAUGAAGGCAACCUGGAAGAGCUGCAGGACGAGAUUCAGAAGCUUCAUACAGAGUUCAUGUUGGAUGAGAAGAGGGUAAAAAAUGCCAAUAAAGGUUUGGAGGACUCCAUGGACACCAGACAGGAAGUCAAACACAAACUGAGCACGUGCAGCAAAGGAGGAGGAAGAGACCUGGCACCGCUGGAGAUGAAGAUCAAAGAGCUCAGUGUGGUACAGUUCAACCGAAAGGUCUGUGGAGGACCAGGUCUGGAGGACUGUUCAGGAUGUGGUGGAGCUCUGUGUGGUCUGGAUCUGGGAGACAGGAAGUGUGGAGGUCCAAACUGUGAUGGAGUCGUUCCUGUGAGUCAGAAAGCUUCAGAAACAGCUGAGAGAGCCAAGGACCAACUCAUCACACUCCAAUCCAGACUAGAGGAGUCCAAGAACAAGAUCAAUUAUGCCAAACAGACAGCUCAGGACACCAAAGACCAGGCCAAAGACCUGCAGGACCGGAAAAACGCCAACAUGGACUCCUUCGAGAGAGAGAAGACCAAAACAAGGGAGCUCAUCCAGCAAGUCAAAGACUACCUGAUAGAUGAGAUGGUUCCUCCAGAAGACAUUGAGAAAAUGGCCCGAGCUGUGCUGGACAUCCAGCUGCCACGAUCUCCUGUGCAGAUCCGAUCAAUGAUCAAUGACAUCAAGAAUCUGUUGUCAAAUGCUACACACUUCCAGGAUGACCUUAAGAGCCUGGAAGAGCGCACCAUGGCCACCCAGGACCUGCUGCAGGAAGCUCAGAAACUCAAGGAGCGGACAAAGGACAUCGAUGUGACAGAGAUCAGAAGAGACAUUUAUGAAGCAGAGAGAGCUCAGGACAAAGCCAACAAUGACCUGGAAACAGCCAGCCGAGACGGAGACAUGAGCAAAGAGCAAAUCCAAGACAUUAAAGACAAACUGGAAAAUAUUGAAACAAAGCUGAUGAAUCGUCAACCUGAAGAUCUGAAGAACGAGAUGGAAGCUCUGAAAAAGAAAAAUGAACAGAGCAGAGAGAUGGCAGGAGAGGCACAAGAGGCUGCAGAGUCCGCUUUUACCACCACAGACACACAGACAGAGCUGGAUGAUGUGAUGAAGCUGUUUGAGGUUUUAAAGCAGAAAAACUCCAGUCGGGCGGUUCAGGGUGAAGCUGGAGAACUACUGAAAAACAUCACGGAGGAGGCGGAGGAUAUGAAGAGACAGGUGGCAGACAAACUCAGACAGAUACAAGGUCUGGAGCAGAAGAUCCAGCAGCUAAUCAGGAGUAAAGAGCAGAAAUCAGCUGAAGUCUCCAUGUUGUUGCAAACAGUCGAUUCACUUCGAAAGGAAAUCUCCAAACGAGCCGAAGGAUACGUCAGCUGUACUUCAUGA